GAAGGGGAAGGGGGGGCCCGUCCCGUCCCGCCCCGGCGGCCGCCAGACGUGCCGGCAGUCACAGGGUAGCGCACGUCGCUCCCGUCCACCCACUCGCCCGCAUUUAACCCGGCCCGCCGCCGCCCGCCGCUCCUCAGCCCGCCCGGCGCGGACGCGGAAUGAGCAGCCCACCUUGAGCCAGCCCAGCCGGGAACUAAAAACCCAGCCCCGCCGACCGCCGCCGAGCACCCGACCGGCACCGGGCUCCCCGUUUCGGCUUCUUUCAGCGUUCUGCAGACCUCCUCCCCCCCUCCCCCCUCCCGCCCCCCUUCAGCCCCACCGCCAUGGAGCGGAUCCCCAGCGCGCAGCCCCCGCCCGGCUGCCUGGGCAAGCUGCCGGCCCUGGAGAGCGGCGAUGUGCCGGGGCUGGACUUCGCGCACAUGUACCAAGUGUACAAGCCCAGGAGGGGCUUAAAGAGGAGCGACGAUAAUAAGGAGACCUACAAGUUGCCCCACAGGCUGAUAGAGAAGAAGAGGCGAGACCGGAUCAACGAGUGCAUCGCCCAGCUGAAGGACCUGCUGCCCGAGCACCUCAAGCUGACGACUUUAGGUCACCUGGAGAAAGCCGUGGUCCUGGAGCUCACCUUGAAGCACGUGAAGGCCCUGACCAACCUGAUCGAGCAGCAGCAGCAGAAGAUCCUGGCGCUGCAGAGCGGGCUGCAGGCAGGUGACCUGUCGUCCAGAAGCCUCGACUCCAGCCAGGAAAUGUUUCGAUCCGGCUUCCAGAUGUGCGCCAAGGAGAUGCUGCAGUACCUGGCGAAGCACGAGAACGGCAAGGACCUGAAGCCCUCGCAGCUGGUCAGCCACCUGCACCGCAUGGCCUCCGAGGUGCUGCAGGGCGGGGCGGCCCGCAAGGCCGGGGACCUGCCCCCCAAAAUGGGGGACCUGAAGGAGAAGGCUGUCUCCCUGGGCAAGGCGGCGGAGGGCCACGGGAAGAACUGCGUGCCCGUGAUCCAGAGGACGUUCGCUCACUCCAGCGGGGAGCAGAGCGGCAGCGACACGGACACGGACAGCGGCUACGGCGGCGAGCUGGAGAAGGGCGACGCCAAGGCCGAGCAGCCCUACUUCAGAAAGGACUCGGAGCUCAAGUACGCCGUGCAGGAGAGGAUCGGCUCCAUAAAGCAAGAGACUGAGGAUCCGCCAGCCAAGCGCAGCAGGCUGGAGUCUCCGGAGGACGAGGGCCCUUUCGGCAGCGACAUGAUGGCUUCUGCCGGCGGCUUCCUGGGCCCCCACGCUCACCAGCCCCCCCUCUGCCUGCCUUUCUACCUGAUCCCGCCGUCCGCCACAGCCUACCUGCCCAUGCUGGAGAAGUGCUGGUACCCAGCCUCCGUCCCCGUCUUGUACCCCAGCCUCCCGGCCUCCGCCGCGGCGCUCUCGGGCUUCAUGAGCCCCGAGAAGAUCUCCCCACCUCUGCUGAUGCCCCAGAGACUCCCUUCUCCCGUCCCUGCCCACUCCCCUAUCGACUCCUCAGCUCUUCUUCAGGCCCUGAAGCAGAUCCCUCCCUUGAACUUGGAAACCAAAGACUGAGCUCAGUGUGGUGAUUUCUCAUCUGGCUUUUUUUCCCUGGUUCUUUGUUUUUGGUUUUUUUUUUGGGAGGGCGUUGCUGAUUUUUGGUUUGUUUUGGGGUUUGGCUUUGGUUCUCUUUUGUUGUUUGUUUCUUUCACUUUCCAAAUUGGCUGGACAGAGGUGUGGGGAUAAGGUUCGCUGCACAUAGGAAGCUAAGUCCCCUUUUUCUCCCCGACUUGUCAGGCAGCCUGGAGGAGGAUGAAGGAUGCAGCCAGGUCAAACGAUUCAGAACUGGCUCCAAAAGGAUUAAAAAAGCCCCACCAACAAAAGAAGGGGUUUGUGCUUUUCCCUCCUUCCCUCCCUGCAUCUGCAGCACAGCAGUUGACUCCCUCAGC